AUAUGGAAUCGUCCAUAUAUAAGAUCCUUGAAACAACGAAGUCACACCAGUCGUGCGAGUUACUCAGAGUUGUGAAUUGUGCAGAGUUGAAAAAUCAAUUAUGUCUCGCACAGCGAUAAUAUUACUCAUUGGAUUGGCGAUAUUUGUUGCAAACACAAUUGCAACAGAACUUGAAUGUACUCGCGAAAAUGAGGAGUAUCAAUGUGGAUCGGCCUGUCAAACAACUUGUAACAACUUGGGUCAAUUUUGUCCUAUAGUAAACGUCAAAUGUAACGAUGCUUGUUACUGCAAGCAAGGAUAUGCGCGAAUUCAAAACGAUACUGGUCCGUGUGUUUCUAUAGAGAGUUGUCCCAAAGAAGGGGAAAGUAUUCUAGAGAAUAAAUAAAUUCCCCGAUGAGAAAAUAAAUUACAUGACUUUUGUGUUGAUUAUUCACUUCUAUUUUUAUUGCCCACGUUGUUAACAAUUAUUUUAUCUAACAUUAUAUCUCAAUAUGUUUCAGUUGGAUAUAAAUAUUUAUACUUGUAAAAUGUAUAAAUAAUUUUGGUAUAAAUAUAUUUUAUACAUUAAUAAA